ACCACUUGCUGCGAAGAGAUUUUGCGGACCGGUUAGGGACAGUUUUUUUUCGCUCCUUUGUUUUAUUUUUUCCUACUUUGGCCUGCAUCGCAUUCUCGGUGGAAAGUCAAAUCUGAUCCUCUCUUUUGCGGAGGACUUUUCGGCGAGUCGUUGGGGCGCUAUCAUAUCCUCCACUUCCACUUCCUGCACACAUAAACACCCGCGCGGAUGCCUGGCUCCCAGGACUGGAGCUUCGGUCUGCUGGUUAUCAGAUGGCCACUGAACAACUUCCGGUGCCCAAGUCUCAAGGUCUCUUCUGAACCAAGCAAACUCAUUCGGUCUCCAGGUCUACAGAAAUCACCGCCUUCCCAGUACUGCGGCGCACCCCGAUGACGCAGCACGGCGUCGUCCUCUUACGUCAGCGUUUCCUGUCCACCAUCUUUGUCCCUGGCAAAGUGGGUUUUGCGCAGUGACUUAGACCUGGAAAAAGAAUCGUGACGGGCAGGAAACCAUUACAACACCACCUGGGCCGUGCUCUCUGGCUGCUGCCGCCACCUCCGGCCUUGCCUCCGGUACAUAUUAAAGAUCCAAAACCAUGACUGACUCCAAGUACUUUACAACCAAUAAAAAAGGAGAAAUCUUUGAAUUAAAGGCUGAACUUAACAAUGAAAAGAAAGAAAAGAGGAAGGAGGCUGUGAAGAAAGUGAUUGCUGCUAUGACUGUGGGGAAAGAUGUUAGCUCUCUCUUUCCAGAUGUAGUGAACUGUAUGCAGACUGACAACCUGGAACUCAAGAAGCUUGUGUAUCUCUAUUUGAUGAAUUAUGCCAAGAGCCAGCCAGACAUGGCCAUCAUGGCUGUCAAUAGCUUUGUGAAGGACUGUGAAGAUCCCAAUCCUUUGAUUCGGGCCUUGGCCGUCAGAACCAUGGGGUGCAUCCGAGUCGACAAGAUUACUGAAUAUCUUUGUGAGCCCCUCCGCAAAUGCUUGAAGGAUGAAGAUCCCUAUGUUCGGAAAACAGCAGCAGUCUGCGUGGCAAAGCUCCAUGAUAUCAAUGCCCAAAUGGUGGAAGAUCAGGGAUUUCUGGAUUCUCUGCGAGAUCUCAUAGCAGAUUCAAAUCCAAUGGUGGUGGCUAAUGCUGUAGCAGCGUUAUCUGAAAUCAGUGAGUCUCACCCAAAUAGCAACUUACUGGAUCUAAACCCACAGAACAUUAAUAAGUUGCUGACAGCCCUGAAUGAGUGCACUGAAUGGGGCCAGAUUUUCAUCCUGGACUGCCUGUCUAAUUACAACCCUAAAGAUGACCGGGAGGCUCAGAGCAUCUGUGAGCGGGUAACUCCCCGGCUAUCUCAUGCCAACUCAGCAGUGGUGCUCUCAGCAGUAAAAGUCCUAAUGAAAUUUCUAGAAUUGUUACCCAAGGACUCUGACUACUACAAUAUGCUGCUGAAGAAGUUAGCCCCUCCUCUUGUCACUUUGCUGUCUGGGGAGCCAGAGGUGCAAUAUGUCGCCCUGAGGAACAUCAACCUAAUUGUCCAGAAAAGGCCUGAAAUCUUGAAGCAGGAAAUCAAAGUCUUCUUUGUGAAGUACAAUGAUCCCAUCUAUGUUAAACUAGAGAAGUUGGACAUCAUGAUUCGCUUGGCAUCCCAAGCCAACAUUGCUCAGGUUCUGGCAGAACUGAAAGAAUAUGCCACAGAGGUGGAUGUUGACUUUGUUCGCAAAGCUGUGCGAGCCAUUGGACGGUGUGCCAUCAAGGUGGAGCAAUCUGCAGAACGCUGUGUGAGCACAUUGCUUGAUCUCAUCCAGACGAAAGUAAAUUAUGUGGUCCAAGAGGCAAUUGUUGUCAUCAGAGACAUCUUCCGCAAAUAUCCCAACAAAUAUGAAAGUAUCAUUGCCACUCUUUGUGAGAACUUAGACUCACUGGAUGAGCCAGAUGCUCGAGCAGCUAUGAUUUGGAUUGUGGGAGAAUAUGCUGAAAGGAUUGACAAUGCAGAUGAGUUACUAGAGAGCUUCUUGGAAGGCUUUCAUGAUGAAAGCACCCAGGUGCAGCUUACUCUGCUUACUGCCAUAGUGAAGCUGUUUCUCAAGAAACCAUCGGAAACACAGGAGUUGGUCCAGCAGGUUUUAAGUUUGGCAACCCAGGAUUCUGAUAACCCUGAUCUUCGAGACAGGGGCUAUAUUUAUUGGCGCCUUCUCUCAACGGACCCUGUCACAGCCAAAGAAGUAGUCUUGUCUGAGAAGCCACUGAUCUCUGAGGAGACAGAUCUUAUUGAGCCAACUCUGCUGGAUGAGCUAAUCUGCCACAUUGGUUCUUUGGCCUCUGUGUACCACAAGCCUCCCAAUGCUUUUGUGGAAGGAAGUCAUGGAAUCCAUCGCAAACACUUGCCAAUUCAUCAUGGGAGCACUGAUGCAGGUGACAGUCCUGUUGGUACCACCUCUGCAACCAACCUGGAACAGCCUCAAGUUAUCCCCUCUCAAGGUGACCUUCUGGGGGACCUGUUGAACCUUGACCUCGGUCCUCCAGUCAAUGUACCACAGGUAUCCUCUAUGCAGAUGGGAGCGGUGGAUCUCUUGGGAGGAGGACUAGAUAGUCUGCUUGGCAGUGACCUUGGCGGGGGCAUUGGAGGAAGUCCGGCAGUGGGACAGUCCUUCAUCCCAUCAUCAGUGCCUGCAACCUUUGCUCCUUCACCUACUCCUGCUGUGGUCAGCAGUGGUCUGAAUGACCUGUUUGAACUCUCCACAGGGAUAGGCAUGGCACCUGGUGGAUAUGUGGCUCCUAAAGCUGUCUGGCUGCCUGCAGUAAAGGCUAAAGGCUUGGAGAUUUCAGGAACAUUCACUCACCGCCAAGGGCAUAUUUACAUGGAAAUGAACUUCACCAACAAAGCUCUGCAGCAUAUGACAGACUUUGCCAUCCAGUUUAACAAGAAUAGCUUUGGUGUCAUCCCCAGCACUCCUCUGGCCAUCCACACACCACUGAUGCCGAACCAGAGCAUUGAUGUUUCCCUGCCUCUCAACACCCUGGGCCCAGUCAUGAAGAUGGAACCUCUGAAUAACCUGCAGGUGGCUGUGAAAAACAAUAUCGAUGUCUUCUACUUCAGCUGCCUGAUCCCACUCAACGUGCUUUUUGUAGAAGACGGCAAAAUGGAGCGCCAGGUCUUCCUUGCAACAUGGAAAGAUAUUCCCAAUGAAAAUGAACUUCAGUUUCAGAUUAAGGAAUGUCAUUUAAAUGCUGACACUGUUUCCAGCAAAUUGCAAAACAACAAUGUUUAUACUAUUGCCAAGAGGAAUGUGGAAGGGCAGGACAUGCUGUACCAAUCACUGAAGCUCACUAAUGGCAUUUGGAUUUUGGCUGAGCUACGUAUCCAGCCAGGAAACCCCAAUUAUACGCUGUCGCUGAAGUGUAGAGCUCCUGAAGUCUCUCAGUACAUCUAUCAGGUCUACGACAGCAUUUUGAAAAACUAAUAGACUGGUCCAGUGCCCUCUGGCCACCCUGUGAUCGGUGCAAGCCAAGAACUCUUAACUGGAAGAAAUUGUAUUGAUGUGUAGAAUCUGAACCCAAACACACUGAGGCCACCCACCAAGGUAGUGACUAGUCUAACCUGUGCUAACAUUAGGGCACAACCUGUUGGAUAUUUUUAGCUUCCUGUGAACAUUUGUUGUAACCACUGCUUCAAUCACUUCCCACCUCUUGCUACCUGCUGCUGCUAUAUGUCCUUACUUGUGGGCUUCUCCAUGCUGUACCAGUGACUGGCGUUUUCUGCACCCGCUUAUGAGUGUAGUUUGAUGUUUUGUAAUUGAGAGCUCAUUUCAAAAACAGAAAACAGAAAAAAUAUUAAAGCAAGGAAAAGUGUCAUCGAAACAUAAA